CUCACACUCUCCCCUACAAACUUUCCACAAAAAGCAGAAAAGAAAGAAAGAAAGAAAGAGAAAGCUAAGGCAAAAAUCUCUUUAUUCCGGCCUUGCCUUCAUCUCCCCCAUUCCAAACAACACAAAACAAAACCAAAGAUCAGAUCAGAUAAACACCAUAUAUACAAACCCCCCCAAACCUUUCACAACCAUAUAUACAUGUUUCCCACCACCAAAAACCCUUUGCCUUUCUCCACAGAAACAACAACAACAACACUGCUCAAAAGGCCAUUUCCAUUUCCAUUUCCAUGGGAUCAUCAAAACCCUAGCUAUCCCAGCCAAGAAGAGCCUCCUUUCUUCCUGCAAUUCCCUUCCCCUUUCCUGGACGAUCAAAUCAUGCCCUUGAACCAAAUAUUCUCUCACCACCCCCCCGGAGAAACUGCACCACUAAAUUCAGUAAACAAAAGUCCCCCCACCACUAAAACCAAGAAGAAAACCCUGCAGGGCUCAACUCCAAGGAGGAGGACAGGGAAGAAAGACCGUCACAGCAAGAUUUGCACGGCGCAGGGGGUUCGAGACCGCCGGAUGAGACUAUCCCUGCAAAUUGCAAGAAAAUUCUUUGAUCUCCAAGACAUGUUAGGCUUUGACAAGGCAAGCAACACCAUAGAAUGGCUUCUCUCUCAAUCCAAAACCGCAAUCAAAGAGCUCAAAAUCACCGCAGCUUCAAAGCACAAUAAUGGCUCAAGCAGCGAGUCUGAAUGUGAAGCUAUGUCCACCAUGGAUGAAAAUGAAGAGAACUCAAACACUGUUGAAUCAAAGAACAAGAAAGUGUGUAAGAAGAAAAAAGAGUCAAGGGAAAAGGCAAGGGCCAGAGCCAGGGAAAGAACAAAGGAGAAAAUGAUGACAAAAACCCAAAACCUCAUCAACCCUUUUCUUGAUCAAGAAUCAAUUUCCAAUUCCUACACUCAAGAACAACACAGCUCUUCCCAUGAAGGGAUUGAAACCCAUUUUGCCAGCAGCCUUGGAAUAACAGAGAAAUACAUCUUUCAGUACCAUGAUGUUCAUCACAACAUCAUCAGCAAUGCUGCUCCAAUCUCAGAAGGGACCAUAGAUCCAACCAGCAACACCUUUAUGGGAUUUCUUGGGAAUUGGGAUCCAUUUUCAGGUAACCCUAGUGGCUCAGCUUAUUUGGGUGCAACAAAUCUUCAUUUCCAGCCUAUGGUCCAAGAAAAUAAUUUCUCCAGCAACCAAUACUAGGUUAAAUUGAAUCUUGAAUUGAUUAUAUUAUUAAUCUGAUUGCCAAUAUUUAUUUAAUUAUUAUUGUCCUAUGUUUUGUUCCAAUCAUCCUGUAUUCUUGUUGCAAAAAAAAAGUGAAUAAUUCCUGCUUAGUGUGUUCAUGUUGAAAUUAAGUAUUUUAAUAAAUCAAAUUAAAUCUGUUGUUAUUUCUAUUUAA